AUGGUCUUCACAUCGCCAGCAUGGGUCCCUAAGUUGCCCAUCGACCCUCCAGACUCGAUCACCAUUGGCGAGUUCAUGAACAAUGAGCAAUACGGUCGCUAUCCUCUUGCGAAGGCCAGAAACCCGUACACUUGCGGUCUCUCUGGCAGGUCGUACACUGCAUCCGAGGUGAAGCAACGAACCGACUUCCUGGCGAGGGCGAUCUCGAAGAAGCUCGACUUUGCGCCAAACGAAGGCACGGAGUGGGAUAAGGUCGUUGGCCUUUACUCGCUCAACACUAUCGAUUAUAUCCCCUUCACACACGCCGUCCACCGCCUGUCAGGCAUCGUCACCCCAGCCAGUGCCGCGUACUCAGCUCCCGAACUUGAGCACCAGCUUCGAUCGUCAGGCGCCAAGGCUCUGUUUACCUGCAUUCCGUUGCUCGCCAAUGCGCUCAAGGCAGCCAAGGCAGUCAACAUCCCCAAUGACCGUAUUUUCUUGCUGCCAGUGCCUGGGGCGAACCAGAAAACACCCUACAUCACCGUGGAGGACCUCAUUCAAGAGGGCAAGUCGCUACCAGAACUGGAGCCUCUCAACUGGGUCAAGGGCCAGGGCGCUCGGCAGGUUGCCUAUCUUUGCUACUCCAGUGGUACUUCAGGCUUGCCGAAAGCCGUCAUGAUCUCACACCGAAAUGUCAUCUCCAACGUUAUUCAGUUCAGAACAUACGAGUCCGUUGCCAGGAAAGAGCUUGGUAUCGAUACCCAAGUCGGCCUCGGACUUCUGCCCUUCAGCCACAUUUACGGUUUGGUAGUCGUAGCACACUGCGGCACCUACCGAGGCGACGGCAUCAUCGUACUCCCCAAGUUUGAGCUGAAGCAGUUCCUCGACGCCGUCCAACGCUUCAAGAUCAACUGCCUACCUGUGGUGCCUCCGAUCAUCAUCCAGGUCAUUCGCAACCAAGAGCUUUGCAAGAAAUACGACCUCACUAGUGUGCGAUUCGUUUACACCGGCGCAGCACCUCUUGGUGCCGAAACCGUUGAGGACCUCAAGAAACAAUACCCGAAGUGGCACGUUGGCCAAGGUUACGGCAUGACGGAGACAUGCACGGUCGUCUGCACCACUUCCGAAAUCGACAUUGACGUCGGCUCCUCCGGUUCUCUCGUUCCCGGCGCCCGCGGAAAGAUUGUCGACCCCACAACCGGCGCCGAGAUCACGGAGUACAACAAGCCCGGCGAGCUCCUCGUGCAGAGUCCUUCCGUCGUUUUGGGAUAUUUGCACAAUGAGCGCGCCAACGCCGAGACGUUCGUAUGGCACGACGAUGGUCGCUGGAUUCGUACCGGCGACGAGGUCCUCGUUCGCAAGUCAGCGCAGGGCAACGAGCAUCUCGUUAUUGUCGACCGUAUCAAGGAACUUAUCAAGGUCAAGGGCCACCAGGUCGCCCCGGCUGAACUCGAGGCGCAUCUUCUCACCCACCCGGCCGUGUCGGACUGCGCCGUCAUUCAAGUGCCUGAUGAACGUGCCGGCGAAGUACCCAAAGCCUACGUCGUCCGCGCCGCCCCUUACGCAAAGAAGCCCGAGGGCGAAGUUGCCGCCGAUAUUUGCAAGUAUGUUGAGGAGCAUAAGGCGCGGCACAAGUGGCUGAAGGGCGGUGUUGAGUUUAUCGAUAUCAUUCCCAAGAGCCCCAGCGGCAAGAUUCUGCGCAGACUUCUCCGCGACCGCGAAAGGGAUGCUAGAAAGGCCCAGGGCCCCAAACUUUGA